UGUGUUUGUUUCUUGGCACUGCUCAUUUUCGUUUCCCCUUACCCUUCUUAUAUAACCCUAUCUCUUCUUCGUUUUCCCAUUCCUCACCCCUUUCUUUUCUCUUUUCAUUCUUUAAUUUCCUUCCUUGGGAUCUGAUCUCCCUCUUCCCCUGCCGACAACUAGUGGACAAGUUAUUGACUCUAUAAGAGUUAGUUGUCGGGGGGUUUCAGCUCAAUUCCCGAGGGUUAUAACUUUUCAUCACGCCCACACCUUUCUUGCUUUCUUUCUGUGUUUUUUUUGUCUGGUUCAAUUGCUGUGCCUUGUUAAAGUUAAAAGAGAGUGAACAAAAAAGUUAGCUUUAAGUUGAUCGGUGCAAAUACACGUACGAGUCUGGUUUUCAAUCAGAUCUCUGAGGAUUAACCAGUUUGAGUUGGAUAGGGUACUAUGGGGCUCUAGAGAAUUAUCAAGCUUGUGCUAUCGUUUUGAGUCUUUGAAAGAAUAUGAAUACCUUUACACACGUUCCCCCAGGCUUUAGGUUCCAUCCCACAGAUGAAGAACUUGUUGAUUAUUAUCUCAGAAAAAAGGUUGCUUCAAAACGGAUAGAUCUGGAUGUCAUCAAAGAUGUUGACCUCUAUAAAAUUGAACCAUGGGAUCUGCAAGAAUUGUGCAGAAUAGGAACUGAGGAGCAGAAUGACUGGUACUUCUUUAGCCACAAAGAUAAGAAGUAUCCAACAGGUACUCGCACUAAUAGAGCAACAAAAGCAGGAUUUUGGAAAGCUACUGGAAGAGACAAGGGUAUUUACACCAGGCAUAGCCUCAUUGGCAUGAGAAAAACCCUAGUCUUCUACAAAGGACGAGCACCCAAUGGGCUAAAAUCUGAUUGGAUCAUGCAUGAGUAUCGACUAGAAACAAAUGAAAAUGGAACUCCUCAGGAAGAAGGAUGGGUGGUUUGCAGGGUGUUCAAGAAGCGAAUGACAACAGUGCAAAAAGUGGGUGAAUAUGAAUCUUCAUGUUGGUACGACGACCAGGUCUCAUUCAUGCAGGAACUUGAUUCCCCAAGGCGAAUUCCUCAGCCUUAUGCAUCAUACCAUCCCCAUUAUCCCUGCAAGCAGGAGCUUGAGUUGCAAUACAAUUUGCCUCAUGACCCUUUGCUCCAGCUCCCUCAGUUAGAAAGUCCGAAAGUUCCACAAUCUGCUGCUAGUGUAAACUGCAACUCAGCUCCUUAUGGUUACGAUAGGAACAAUGGAAGCACAUUGCAGUCCUCAACCCUAACACAAGAAGAGCACAUGAACCCAGGGCAUCAGCCAAAUCUGAAUUCGCUUUAUAACAAUAGUACUGAACAAGCUGUGGAUCAAGUGACAGAUUGGCGAGUUCUUGAUAAAUUUGUUGCCUCUCAGCUCAGUCAUGAGGAAGCUUCCAAGGGAAACAACUACUCCAAUGCAGCCAACAACUUUCAAAUGGCUGAACAAAUGAAUUUUCUAUCCAAUGAAUCCGGAAGGCCAGAAUUUGUUCAUCAGGAAUAUGCCUCCACAUCCACUUUGAGUUGUCAAAUUGAUCUGUGGAAGUGAAAGCAUAUUCUAGCAAUUAUAGCAUACAUACUAAUUAUAGGAAGCACACUUAUAAGAAAAGAAGUCUUUAAUCCAGGUUGCUGUACAUAAUAAAACUAUAUAAUGGUAUUGUAUUAGCUAUGGGACUGCUGGUGUCCUUAAUUUGUA